AGUUGCACCCUCGAUCAUGACGGCCGCAAGUCCGAGUCCCAGUAGUGAUCUCAUACCUGCCUACCGUCAAAGAUCAGCAAUCAGCUCCCAGGGCUCACCUUUCCUUGUAGCAACGUAUCCAAACCUUUGACCAUUCGAUGUUCUUAAAAGAAGACCGAAACAAUCGAUCCUGGACCAGCCGUUUACUAGCAGCACUCUUUCGUCCAUUCAUGCCAGAGGAGGUUCUUCCUGAACUACCCCACCUACUGUUCCACAGUGGCCCUAGGCCGGGUGGUAGUGUGCCAGUCACGAAUUGGUAUUCGUGGAUGGUGGAUGAUAGGCCCGAUAAUCGCUACUCAAUGUGUUCACUGAGUCGUAUCGAUUAUUGUAAAUGCACUGAUGGCGCAGAACAUGAAUUCCUUCUAUUCUAUUUCAGACAUUUUAUCUCUUCAGCCGAGGCUGUCGUGUGCGCCGACCGUACUGUGGAACGAGGCAAUGGCUCCAGGCAAUCAUCGGACAUUAUAUCCCCCUCAUCGAAAGAAACUGCUGCAUCUGACCACGCACUUCUUCUUGGUUCACCUGAAGAUGCAGUCAGACACCUCCGUGAUAAACCUGGGCAUUACAGGAAGCUCUGUACGCUCACGUUUUCUCCAUCUUCCGCACCCUCAGCACUCCACGUGGCCGCUGUUCUAUGCCUCGUUCAUCAACAAGCCCCUGCCUACAACUUGUACGAGCAACAAUGUUACUGGUAUGCGGAUUCCGUGUGGAUGAGCUUGAAGAAGCUCUUCUCUCAGAAUCAAGAAUCAUGCAAAGAUCACAAUGCACGUACCCAUUACUGUGGAGUUGCAAUGUCAAGACCGUCAUCUGCAACUGUCGAGGCUGUCUGUGCGGCUUAUCCGCCAGAGUGGCAGAAGACGAUGGAUAAACUCACGCAGGUGAAGCAGUGCCGCGAAGCGGAACUAGCACAGAGUCGACAAGAAGGGUUCACGGAAGCAGAGCAGGCUGCAGAUGAGCGGGUUCGCCGAGCAGAUGAGCGGGUUUGCCGAGUACAGGCCGAAAAUGAACAACUUCGUGCAAGACUUGCAGCCUUGGAGGGCAGAACAACUGCUAUUUGAUUCAGAUUUCCUGCAGUAGUUUGACACGGCUGGAUUCUGUCAUGAAUUAUAUAGAUGUGCAGUUGCUGCCAUCGUAAUAAGAGUGGGAUUCGAUUUUCACAUUAGCUUGUAUUAGAUUGAUUCAGAAACAAUGAUUGAUUGACAGAAUAUCUG